GACGAGAGGCGCCCAUUGGCCGCGAGUGCGGGCGGCUGCUGCCGAUUGGUCCGCUCGGGACGCCGGCCCCGCCCAGGUACCGGAGGUCCAGGGAGAAGCCCGGCCGAGUUUCCAGAGGACCGAACUGGGCGCGCGGGGUGGCGGCGGCGCAGGUCUCCUGGCCGAGCCCCCACUUCUGGCUGCUCAUGCCACUGGGACUGGGGCGGCGGAAAAAGGCGCCACCUCUGGUGGAAAAUGAAGAGGCGGAGCCAGGCCGCAGCGGACUGGGAGUCGGGGAGCCUGGGCCUCUUGGUGGAAGCGGAGCAGGGGAGUCCCAGAUGGGCUUACCCCCACCUCCUGCUGCCCUCCGGCCUCGCCUUGUAUUCCACACCCAGCUGGCCCAUGGUAGUCCCACGGGCCGCAUCGAGGGCUUCACCAAUGUCAAGGAGCUGUAUGGCAAGAUUGCUGAGGCCUUCCGACUACCAGCUGCUGAGGUGAUGUUCUGCACCCUCAACACCCAUAAAGUGGAUAUGGACAAGCUCCUGGGAGGCCAGAUCGGGCUGGAGGACUUCAUCUUUGCCCACGUUAAGGGGCAGCGCAAAGAAGUGGAAGUAUUCAAGUCUGAGGAGGCACUGGGGCUCACCAUCACUGACAACGGGGCCGGCUAUGCCUUCAUUAAGCGCAUCAAGGAAGGCAGUGUGAUUGACCACAUCCAGCUCAUCAGCGUCGGUGACAUGAUUGAGGCCAUCAAUGGGCAGAGCCUGCUGGGCUGUCGGCACUAUGAAGUUGCCAGGCUCCUCAAGGAACUUCCCCGAGGCCGCACCUUCACCCUCAAACUCACAGAGCCUCGAAAAGCCUUUGAUAUGAUCAGCCAGCGUUCAGCGGGUGGCCACCCUGGCUCGGGCCCUCAACUGGGCACUGGCCGAGGGACCCUCAGACUCCGAUCCCGGGGUCCUGCCACAGUGGAGGAUCUGCCGUCGGCCUUCGAGGAGAAAGCCAUUGAGAAGGUGGAUGACUUGCUGGAGAGCUACAUGGGGAUCAGAGACACAGAACUGGCUGCCACCAUGGUGGAGCUGGGAAAGGACAAGAGGAACCCAGACGAACUGGCAGAGGCUCUGGACGAACGGCUUGGUGACUUCGCAUUCCCCGACGAAUUCGUCUUUGAUGUCUGGGGGGCCAUCGGGGAUGCCAAGGUUGGCCGCUACUAAGACUGGAACUGAACCUGGACCUUGAGAUAACCUGGGCUUGACCUCCAGAAGGGGUCCCACAGCCAAGACCUGAGCAUCCAGCUUGGGCACAUAACCCAGCAGCCUGGGGAUGGCAUGGGGUAGAAGUGGCCUGUGGUCCUGGCCGCACUCCGAUCACCAAGGUGCCCAGCCUGGUAGGGGUCGCCGGCCACCCCCUGGCGGGUUCCCCACCUACCUCAGCAGAGUAAGCAUGUGGGGAGGAACGAGCACACUGGGCAACCAACCACCUCUGUCCCCAACACUUUCCACUGUCAGCUGGCAAACUGCCCCUUCCUGUCUCCUGGGCCUCAGUUCUGUUUUAGGUUUCCCUAUUCUACUUUUUUGCUUUGUUUUUCAAGACAGUCUGAUGAUGUGGCUCUGGCUGUCCUGAAACUCACUCUGUAGACCAGGCUGGCCUUGAACGCACAGAGAUCCGCCUGCCUCUGCCUCCCAGUGCUGGGAUUAAAGGUGUGCGCCACCAUGCCUGACUCUCCCUACUUUCUUGACAACAGAGUUGCAGAAAUGGGGCACAACCCUCCUAGUAAAGGGAAUAUUACCACCCCCUUCGGCAGCUCCCUGAGAGGAGCCCCUAAAUUGGAUUCUGUUACCUGUCCUUUGAGUGCACACUGCUGUGAACCCGGGUUCCUCAUCAUCUCCUUAGACAGUGCCGGAGGGAGGGGUGAGCAAGGCAGUGGGCUCCUGUACCCCACUUACUCUCUUGGACCCCACUUACUCUCUUGGAUAUAGACUCUCUCUGGGAACUGUUUGUCUUUGGGGUAGAAGGGGUGGCAGGGAAAGAAUGCGGCAGCUGAAAUCUAUCUCCUGGAUUCCAGAUUGAAUUAAGAGUUGGCUGGCCCACGGCGCCUCCUCUGGCUGGAGGCCCUCAAGCUCCCAGGCAGUGGUAGGGAUUCUGGCUUACUUGAGGUUCAGACCUGGUUCCCCACUCACCAAGGCCUCCCGUGCCCCUUAUGAGGAGACUGCAGCUAACACCUCUGUGGAGGCAGCAAGGCCUGCUGCCCUCCUGCAGCACCCUGGGUGAGGCUGGUUGUAUUUUGGACACAGGCAUCCAUGCCCAGUGCUUCACAGGGAUAUAAACCUGCCAAGCUUGUUUUGACAGUACUUUUCAUCCUAGGAUUUAGAAAGAUCAAGGAAAGGGUGGGGUGGGACCCUGGCCAGACCUGGAGAGCAGGGAGAGAGUGAGGGAAGCCAGGCCAGAGGUCCCUCUCCAGCACCCAGGAGGAAUGUUUGGGGGUGAGCCCAGUGGAGAUGCUGCAAGAAGGCUGAGCAGGACUGACUGCCUGACUCCAGGCAGGAGAUGCGGACUCUGGAUACCAGACAUUGACAUGCACAAGUCCUACGGACAGCCACUGUCAGGGUGACUUGCUAUCCCUGACCACUGAGGUCAUGGCCUCACACGUGCUAGGCUGUGCUCUGUCGCUCAGCUGUGCCUCAGGUCCUGUACUGGGGUCUUGCAUGUCUCUGAUGGGAGCUGCUGGGAAUGUGGCUUUGCUGAGUGGAUAAGGGCUGGGUCCUCUGAGUUUCAGGGAGCUGUGGGGUGUUGAGUGUGGUCAUGUAGCUGUGUCCACUGUGUGCAUAGGUCUUGGUGUGUCCUUGUUUGGGAAUCAGUAAACAGCUAGGCCUUAAGAGUGUCUAGAGAUGUGAUUAUGUGACGUAGGCGGGGCAAGGUCUGGGUGCCCAUAGGCAUUGGUUUGUGGGGUAAUGUCUCC